UUAUAAACAUGGUUCCUUCAUCACUGUUAUUUUUAGUUUGGCUGAAUGUUUCUAGAACCUCUGAUCACAUGACAGGUUUACAAGUCACGUGAUAAAGCAAACAUGGGUGUGACUGAUUCAAAUCUGCCUUGUCAUGCUCCAGGUAGAGUCUGUGUUAAUUUGCAGGGUGUGUCAGAAACUUGUUUUUGUGUAUGUAUGUGCGUGUGUCACUGCUGCUCUGACAGAGAGAAAUGGGCAGAGCAGGUGGGAAACGUGUUUAUUUUUUGAGAGUGAGAGAGAAACCUGAUCUGAUGGCAUGUCCCUUACAAUAAAUGAAAUGUGCUGUUCAUUAUAUAAUUAAUUAUAAUUGUUCAGGAAUUAAAAAUCCUAGUAAUUUCUUUGAUUCACAAUCUGACCAGGCAAUACACAAAAAAUACGCCAAUGAAGUUUGCGGUCCCCACAGAAUCAAUCCUUAUUGUUUUUGGAUAAUCUUACAGUGCUUGAUUGUUUCCACUUUCAUCAAAGAAAUAUCAAAGUGUAAUGCGCAGUUUGCCAAGAACUUUGUGCGUUUAUUUUUGGCAGAGGUUGACCUUUAUCCAUUUCUGACACUUUCUCUCAUGCUGCCAUUAUGAAAUAAGGAUUUAGAUUUUCUUUCUGGGCUGCAAUUAAAUGACUCUUUUAUUCUCAUUAUUCAGUUGUCUGAAUAUUCGGAAAUAUGUAAAUGGGACAAACUGAAUUUGACUGCAUUAAAACACUGUAAAGAUGAAAACAAGAGUGUGUUGCCCAGACAGGGGCUGUGUGACAGUAAAGUCAAGAUGAUAACUUUCUUUUGUCAUUAACUUUUACUGGAAUCACAUUUUAAAUACCAAUACAGCUGAUUAUACAGGCCAGCUGUCGUUGAGGUCUUGGACAGAGGUCUCCACAAAACUGCCUGAAAACACAAAUGUAGAUGCAAAUCAUUUUUUACAUGAAAUUUGGAUGCUGUAAUGCAGACACAGUCUCAUUCUUUUCCAAUUUCACAAAACUGUUAGAUGAUAUGAAAGAGCCAAGUAAAGCAACACUACACUGGUAUUUUGUGUGUUCUGAACAUUGCAGCUUCUGAUCAGUCAUUUUGUAAAUUCUAAAAGUAAAAAAUAUACACUGCGAUAAUGCUGAGUUGAGGACUUCUGGUGCUUGCUGAACAGGUUCGACUGUUUGGUGAAGGAAGAGAGUGAAGGCUCCAGGCUAAUCCAUAAUCUAGCAAAGGUGUUGUCUCUCCACCAUCUGGAAAAGUACAGACACCAGUGGACCAGUGGAGUAAAAAUAAUUCAGUUCUAAUAUGUCCUGUCAAACAUGAAAGUGUGUGUUCAAACCUGGAAUUAACAUGGAUCUUAAGUGACCACUCAUGAUCACAUCUCACUCCCCUGCUCUAUAUGCACAUAAACACAUACAUUAUUGAUGCAAGGACCAAAUUAUGUUAGUUCAUUUUUUUCUAUAUUUAAUAUUGUGUUGGUGGUCAAAGAUAAAACAAUAUAUGCGAACCGCAGAAGUUUAAAAAUACUUUCAGUUCAUUAUGAAGUUAUUUCGAGCCAGAGGAUGUCAGCUGAGUAGGAGGUCCUUUUUAAUGUGGCCAUGGACACAUUUGCGUUCACACAGCUAAAGGAAUGCGGCCAUGUGUCAGAUCUCUAGUGCGUCCUCAAGUCUUGAGAGCGUUCACGCAUGAACUUAGAGCUGUCCACUUAUGAUUUUAUCACUCAGGAUGGGUGUUAAUGCCACAUCUGAACAGGACCUCUGGGUCACUUCUAGAGACAGCGUGAAUAUCGGGUAUGAACAUGACAUCACUGCCUGCAGAAGUUACCAUGGUAACUCCCUCGUCAAUGAAAGACCACCGUGAAAUGUUAUGGAGAAAAAAAAACACGAUUAAAUGAUAAAGAGCUGGCUGUUGUGCAAGAUCAAGACGAAGGCCACAUACAAAGUACAAUAGAAUUGUAAACACACACACACUUGAGAGUGAAAAAAAAGUCAAGGAGUCAACAGUAAUUCAGCACUUAUUAACUGAGAAUGAUGCAUUAGCAACACAUUAGCUCCAGAUAUCAAGUAGUGGCUAGCUUGGUUAGCAGUAAUCUGAUCACAGAAAAAAACUAAUUCUGCCAAAUCACAGCGAUCCUGAGACAGCUGUUAUACAGUAUGUACAGACAUUCCUCCAAUGAGAGCAUGCGGGGAGUUGAUAAAAGAUUCUUGGCAAUAUUUUCAUUCACUUCUCCCUAUAUAAUAACACUGUAUAGUUUACACUGUAGUGAGGUUUAAAUUGAGAUUUCGUUCACUGACUUAUCAUUACUGACACUUUUUAGCCACAUAAUAAUAUUUUAUCAAUUGGUCAAAUAAUAUUGCGGAAAGCACUAGAUAGUAAGAAGUAAUUUUGGACACAGUCUGGAUGUAACAGCGUCAGUUAAACUGCUAUAGAGCUGUUACUCUAGUGGUUUCUACAAGCAACACACUGAAAAUGAAACUAACUGCUUGUAACAGAAAAGAUAUGUACAUUUAAAUGUUAGGGAUUCAGUCUGUGUCCAUAGGGAGUUCUCAGUGUGGUACUUCAUACAGAUCAUUAUCAAUACAUGUUGCCCUUACCUUUUUCAAAAUGGUGUUUUGUGGGAGUGAUACCACAAAUAUUAACAGGGCCCAGAUGAGCCUCCAAGCGUGGCAACCACAUUCUUGCUAACACAAAUCUCAGUAACGUCUCCGCAGAAUAUCUUAAAAUUUGUUACACGUCUUCACGUUUACUGGAGGAUGAACCCAUUUGAUUUUGAGGGUCAAAGGUCAUGCUCACUUUGACCUCACAAAACACAUUUUUGUCUUGUGAACAUGAGAUCUUAAGAAUACUUUGGGGUAAUGCUCACAAAUGUGGCUAAUUUUGAAAAUAUAUUAAUCACCAUGAAACGUGUGACAUCUGUUAAUUUUUUAUCCACAUACAUAUGCACACAAGUUUUUAAUCAUGAGUACUACAUUAAUUGCAUGAAUCAAUGAGGGUAUCAAAACGUCAUGUUACGUUUGCACCUGUUGAUUGACAGAGCUAUCCUGUCUCUCAUGUCCAGUCCCUACUCUAACCACACCCCACUGUAACACUUUACUCAGCAAUCCAAACAUUUUCUUUAAAGACCAAACGUAGCCUGUCCUUCGGUCUUUCUCUUUGACACAGUGUUAUUUGGGCACCAACUUUAUGUUGCGUUAUUAUUGGCAUAUUACACCACUUACAUGACCUGUGUGGUGUGAGUAACCAAUCUUAUCUGAUGGCCCACCACACCAACAUCAAUAAAAGCUCCUUUUGGCUGGAUAAUCAAAUAAUAUCCAAGCACAAUGUUUCAUGGCAAUUCUGAGCUCUACCACAGCAUUGUGUGUCCUCCGGUGAAUCAUGUCUUUAUCCUGGCUGUACCUCCUACUAUUAAACAUUAGACUGACACUGAUUCUGUUGAAGAGUAAUGUCCUGAAAUAGGACAGCCGGGCUCAAUAGGCAGCCAUUAAUAAAUAGGACUGUCAACAGCCUUGGAGUGGAAAUCAGACCAUCAAUGACUGUUACAUGAGGUGUCAAAUAACAGGUGUCGUGUCACUGUCAAAGUAAUCAGUUAUUUUUCAUUCUUGUCUUUGGAGAGAUAGUAUUUCACAGAUUAAUUUCCCUACAGGACACGCACAGCAAAGUUUACAUUAAUCGACAUUAAUUUAAAAACAACAAAAAACAUUUUAUGACUUAAGUUGUACUGCAUUAACUAAGUUUGAUGAGUUUUACCGUUUACAAUCUUUCCUGCAUAUUUUCAGAGGCUAUGCAGGAUUCAGGAUUAUGUUGAAAGUCAUUGCCUUAAUUUCCUGUAAUUCAAUAGCAGUGGGUAAAAAUAUUUGUGGGGGGCACAGAGCAGCAGAAACAUUAGAAGCAGAGCUGAAGCAGGAAGUGGAUUCUUGAGUGAGUGGCCUGAAGCAGAUGUAACCGUUUGCUUCAAUCUAAGAUGCAAUGUAAAGAGCCACUAUGUUGCUGUUGCUUUUUUCCGGAGGGGUAAAUGGGAGUGAGGAGACUGGAAAAAACAGGAGCUGUAGAUAUUAAUCUGACUGGGGCUCAGUUAACCAGGAGCUAAAAUAAUCUAAUCUUAUUUAACAGGUCAGCUGAGGAAACUGUAGUUUUUUGUAUAACUUAGUUUUUUGUGUAAGGUUUAAGCUCCUUAAAGGGGCUAACCUCAGGGAAUGCUCUAGUUUCAAAGGUCGUAUGUUUGGGUCAUGUCUCCAAACAGAACCACUGACCUCCUCUGACUAAAAGCUGAGAUCAGCCUGGACAGGAAUGUAGGUUGUCACCAGAGCUAUUUUGGCAAUGUACAGCCGCUAAUGAUUGUGAUCACAGAGCAGAGCUUGGAGCAGUUGCUUUGCUUCCCUUUUUUCCGACCAGCAAGUUUGAUCAUGCAGCUCUCACUGGCGCUGCAGGGAUUAGAGAGUUAAACGAAUGGCACGUCGGCUCCGCUUGCAUUUUGCGUCAAGGAGAAGCAACACGGACCCUCUGUCAGAAAGCCUCAGCAGCCAUGGUGAGGAGAGUGGAGACAGUGUGUCAGCUCGCAGCCCCGCAGAGAGUCUGGCGCACAGUUCAGUCCGCUUGAAGGUGACUCCUCUGUCACCAGACUAUGCUAAUCUACAGCGGUACUCUUCAGUGUUCAUACCCAGGGUUAACGUUGGAGGAUGUAAUAAGAAGAGUAUUCUGCAGAUCUCCCUGCAGCCCUGUGGUAAGUUCAGUGGAGAAGUGGAUGGCAGUACAGAGGAUGGAGAGCAGGGAGUUGAAGGAGGAGCAGGUACUGCCUCUGAUGGAGGCUCGUGCAGCAGCAGCAGCAUGACUAGCGAUGCUGGGUACUGUAGCAGCAACAGCAUCUUUGAGCCAGAGGCUCCAGAAAAGCACAGGACCACCCAGGAGAGGAGUCUACCUCGCUGCAAGUCCAAGGUCCCACUGAGACGGUGCUCCUCCUUGGUUAUAUUUCCAGAGAGCCCCUGUAGUACCCCACCUGCCUCCCCAGUAAGUCCUGUGGCUCUACCUGCUCUUCUACAAGCACUGGGUUCUCACCAGUCAUCUCUUCAGACAUCUGCCAGUGAAUUCUCACAAGAUGAUGAGGAUGUGAGCUGCAAAGGGUCCACCACCACGGCAGUAAUUGGCCAUCGUCUCCCAAAAGGAAGCUUUUCCGGCGACUUCAGGGACACAAAACACAUGGUGCAAUUUAAUAUUCCUUUACAGGAUGAACCAAAAUGCAAAAUGGAGGACAGGAGUAAAGUAAUGGAACUGUCAUCAACCCUAGACAGAUCGAAUCGUCACUCUAGCAGCGUGCUACUACACUUUGCCCACCAGAGACCAAUGAUAUCCAGGAAAGGAGCUACAAGCGCAACUACAGUUAAUGUGGAAUAUCCUGGGGCUCUUAAUCCAGCCGCACACCCUAAGCGCGAACAUGAACCUCACAGAAAACUGUAUCGUAGUACCUCUGCUUGUUUGUUCUCCUCAACUAAAUCAUCAGGGAAAAACCAGAAGGUCUGUUCGUAUGGAAAAAGCCAGGAAAAGGCUGAGGAAAACCAAUGUCAUCGUGCCAUACAAAGGAGCUUUUCCCUGGAGGUGCCUUACGCUAAUACUGGAAUUUCAUGUCAUGUUUCGAAUCCAAAACUCAGUAGCCCCUGUUCCCCACAUGUGCACAUACAUUUGACUCCUUGUUGUCCUGCUAAGUUACCAAACUCUGCUACUGAUGUAAACACAAGCCUUGAAGUGAAUAAUACGCCAAAGAGCCCAGGUCAAAACACCAAGACGCGUGAUGACUUUCUGGGACAGGUGGAUGUCCCCUUGAAUCAGAUACCGACAGAAAAUCCUAACACAGAAAGGCCAUACACAUUCAAGGAUUUUUUGCUUCAUCCACGAAGCCACAAGUCCAGAGUUAAAGGUCAUCUACGUCUCAAAAUGACCUAUCUGCCAAAAAACCCUGGUUCAGAGGGGGAAACAGCCGAUCAGACUGAGGAACCCGAUCCUGGUUGGGAGCUGCUCGAGGCUCAGGACAUGUCAGGUCCCAGACAAAGCCAGCUGCUGCCUCCUCUGCCCCCUGGCUGGGAGGAGCGGCAAGACAAUCUGGGAAGAAUCUACUUUGUCAACCACGAGAGCAGAACCACACAGUGGUAUCGACCCACAAUACAGGACAGUGAUUUGGAGAUGCACAGAAGACAGAACACUGAUAUAGAUGUGGAGCAUGCGUUAAGUACACGCAGACAGAUCUCAGACCAUGAUGAAAAUGCCACACGAGAGUCCCCCGAGAGCUGGGAGAUCAUUACAGAGGACGAGUCCACCAUGUACCACAGCAACAACCAGCUCGCAUCACCUCCACCCCAGAUACCUGCGGAGUUCCACUCGUUUUGUGGCGAGCUGAGAAACUUGCAAGUUUCAGGGGCCACAGCUGGCGAGCAGCGCACCUCCCACACGGAUCAUGCUAGUAAUUCAAGCCAUUCCAGUUUUAGAAGAAGCUCCCAGAGUUCAACUGGAGAGGAACAUCCUGUUAGUCCUGUGCUGAUUCCAACCUCAUCUGGCCUGCCUCCAGGGUGGGAGGAGAAGAGGGACAGUAAAGGAAGACGCUAUUUUGUCAACCACAACAGUCGAGCUACAACUUGGACACGACCUGUCAUUCAGAAAACUUCAGACGCAGCAGCAGCAACAGCAGCAGCAACAGCAGCAACAGCAACAGCAACAGCAACAGCAGCAACAGCAGCAGUAGCAGCAGCAGCACAGAGUGGUUCAAGUUUACCCCAAAGUCCGCCACCGCCACUGCCCACUACAUCCCCUGAGGCGUCUCCUCAGCACACACCAAGCCCAGAGGCCACAUAUGAAUCUGGAUUCUUGCCGGGUGGUUGGGAAGUUCGCAGUGCUCCCAAUGGAAGACCGUUUUUCAUCGACCACACCACAAAGACGACUACCUGGGAAGACCCCAGACUAAAGAUUCCUGUACACAUGAGGAAGAGACCCUCACUUGACCCUGCUGAUCUUGGCCCUCUGGCGCCUGGUUGGGAGGAAAGAGUUCACAGUGAUGGGAGGAUAUUCUACAUAGAUCACAACACCAAGACCACACAAUGGGAUGAUCCCAGAUUACAGAACUCAGCUAUAACUGGACCAGCUGUGCCUUAUUCCAGAGAUUAUAAACAGAAGUAUGACUACUUCCGGAAGAAGCUGAAGAAACCAGCUGAUAUCCCAAAUCGCUUUGAGAUGAAGCUGAGACGAAGCGCUGUGCUGGAGGACUCAUACCGACGCAUCCUCUCAGUAAAGAGGGCAGAUCUGCUGAAGGCACGACUGUGGUUGGAGUUUGAGGGAGAGAAAGGACUGGACUAUGGCGGCUUGUCCAGGGAGUGGUUCUUCCUCAUGUCCAAGGAGAUGUUCAACCCGUACUACGGACUGUUCGAGUAUUCUGCCACGGACAACUACACACUGCAGAUUAACCCUAACUCAGGUUUGUGUAAUGAGGACCACUUUUCCUACUUCAAGUUCAUCGGCCGUGUGGCAGGCAUGGCUGUGUAUCAUGGAAAACUGCUGGAUGCUUUCUUCAUUCGGCCUUUCUACAAGAUGAUGCUGCAGAAGCCGAUCACCCUCCAGGACAUGGAGUCUGUGGACAGUGAAUAUUUCAACUCCUUGAUGUGGAUUUUGGAGAAUGACCCAACAGAGUUGGAUUUGAGUUUCACCAUCGAUGAAGAGCUGUUCGGACAGACUCAUCAACAUGAACUGAAGCCAGGCGGCAGUGAGAUUGUCAUCACUAAUGACAACAAGAAGGAAUACAUUGAUCUGGUGAUGCAGUGGAGGUUUGUGAACAGGAUUCAGAAGCAGAUGACUGCAUUCAAAGAGGGAUUCUUUGAGCUGAUACCACAAGAUCUGAUCAAGAUCUUUGAUGAGAAUGAGCUCGAGCUGCUCAUGUGUGGUCUCGGAGACGUGGACGUGAACGACUGGAGAGAGAACACCAAGUACAAGAAUGGCUAUUGCUCCAACUUCGUAGUUAUCCAGUGGUUUUGGAAAACAGUGCUACUGAUGGAUGCAGAGAAGCGAAUCCGGCUCUUACAGUUUGUGACGGGAACAUCCAGGGUCCCUAUGAAUGGCUUUGCUGAACUCUAUGGGUCUAAUGGACCACAGCUGUUUACCAUUGAGCAGUGGGGAACACGCGAUAAACUCCCCCGAGCCCACACAUGCUUCAACCGUCUGGACCUUCCUCCUUAUGAGUCAUUUGAGGAACUGAGGGAGAAACUUCACAUCGCCAUUGAGAAUGCUUAUGGUUUCGAUGGGGUGGAUUAAUCCGUGGUGUGGUGAAUGAACUGACAUUUACUGCCAUCAGAGUAAAGCUGAUGCCAAGCAGAGACACGAGCUUGGCGUUAGACUCGGGUCGGUCUUAACCAUCCAGCUGUGUGACAGAUGAAGGACAGUCGCACAACUCUCACUUUGCUCGUCUGUCGAGACGCGUGGAGAAAAGGACUUAAAAUCUGGAGAGACCGAGGAAUUAAUUCACGAAAUGUAAUGUUUACAAAUUAGAUUUUCUUACUAUUCGAAUUUUUUUUUGUUGUCAUUUUAUACAUUGCUCAAAAGUUGAUCGACUUUUAUCUGUUCUGUUAAAAGAUUUAAUAUUUAAAGGUCAUGAUUCGGUGAAAUGACAAUAUUACAGAAUUUAAUGUGAAUGUAAAACCAUCAGUUUAAUUUGGGGUGAACAGCCUCAGAAACACUUAAUGCUCAGCUUCUCACAUCAGAGACUUAAUGUAGUUAUGUUAGCCAUAAGCCUGUCCCUGUCACUAAAUGAAUACAAACAUAUGAGGGGUGUUGAGUUGGACCAUGGGUUAGAAUAGUCAAAGAUACUGAGGUGAAGUUCAUGUUUAUAUAAAGACAGUAUACUGUGUUUGAUGUAUGAAUGAGACUUGCACCCAUGUCUAUUGUCCAGAACUAUUAAACUCCAAAAUUACUUAAAACUAAAUGUGAACAGUGAAAUUGGCCCAGCUGCUUAAAGAAAUCACACAGAAGAUUGAAAAUAAUACAAAUGGUAAUUCAACCCAAAAUAAAUCACAUGUGAAGACGUUUUCUCCCCCAUUUCCUUUAUUUGAAUUAUUUUACGUAACUAUACAUUUUUCAUUCCAGUAUAUUAGAACCUCUAAUGCAGGAAAUCCACAAUGUUAACACCUCAUAAUUGUAGCAGAAACUGUGCAGAUAUAUCCAAGUGGGAGUGAUUACACUUGAACAAAGUGUAUGAAUUCAGCUUUAUAGUAGCGACGCACCAGUACCAGGACCAGUAAAUGGCUAAACUAAUUAUUAUACUGUAUCGGUGUUUCCACAGGUGAAAAGAAGUGACUACAUGCAGUGUUAGACUGUGCUGAAAUACUAUGCAUAAUUGUACAUAUUGACAUAACGAUUGAAUACCACUUGAUUUUUGAGUUUAUCAGAAAAAUAUAUUGUACAUACAAAUAUAACUUGGCCGUCUAUUAACUGAAAAAGCAAACUGUCAAACUGAAGUAAGAAAAAAAACGAUAUUGGUGCAUGUCCACAUUAUGCAUCUUUUUUAGUUUUUCAUUCAUGAUAAGUAGCUACUCAUACUAAAGUAAUAAUUAUAUGUAUAGAUUCACAUUAUAUGUCCUGGGCUGUGGCUUUUAGAAAUCUUCUCAGAUAGUCUGUGUUUAACGUCUUUAGUUUUCGUCUACUCAUCAUGGGUGUCUAACUGCAGCGUGGUGCUCUGUUUUUAAGAGUACAACUUUUGAAAUGUAUUUUGUUGGUUGUCGAAACGUGUACAGAUAAUUGUUUUCAAUAUCACUUAUCAUACCUUUGUAAGAGAGUAGCCGUACUUAAGCCGUGGUUUGAACUUUUUCUGAAUGAUAAAACAUGUGUUUACACUGCCUGCCAUGUUUACAGGUCCUUGAUAAAGGAACGUAUCAUGGGCUGGUUCUUGUCUCUGAAGACACAGUUUUAUACUUACGCUUUUAUAAAGUGAAGCACUUUGUUAAUAUUGAUGAGUCUUACUUCUAAACUGUCUGAUUCUUGGCCAAUCUGUCACCUGCAGACUGUUUAAAUCCCUCUUUGAAAAAACAUGAUCCUAUGCUUCAAGUGCACAUGUGUUUUAAAUGUUUACAUGUGAACAUCGCUGAAAAUAAGCACAUUCUCUUCUUUCACUGAUUUCAAGUUAAAUACGGAGGCCUUUGUUUGUAAUAUACUGUAGACUUUAAUUGUGUUUAUUGAUGUUCUAAUCUCUAAAUGGAAGUACUGUUAUGUAUGUAUCAUUCUCUACUGAAGAAUAUGAAUAGAUCAACACUUUAUUUCUGAUAUAUUGUAGAAUUUAAUUAGAACACCUACAAGUGCAUUAAAACAACAACAUACAUGCAACAUAUUUACAACAGGUGAGAGGGUGAAAGCCGUUAAAUGCCAAUUUGAUGACCUGUAGAACACCAAAUUAAAUAUAAAUAUAACUGAAGAAUAAAGAUAAUUAAGAAACAA